UCGCUAACACGCACCUAAUCCGGCUUGAAGUACGCAAGGAAUGGAUCCCUCUCUCCCUCCGCCGCUCCCCGUAGCAAUAACGCCACCCUACAUGCCGUCACAGCACCAGCCGCGCUAGAAGAAACAAACAAAUCAAACCGAGGAAAGGAAAAAAGCUCUCUUGGUACGCCCAACCGUAGGCAGAGACGCAGAGUAGCCAGAGACCACAGCACGGGGCGCGCUCUCCAGUAGCAGUUUCCACCCCUGGAUCUGAGUGCCGCUCCGAUCUUCGCCGACCGGCCGGCCGGCGGCAUACCGGCGGCGAGCGGUUCCAGGCAAAGAUCACAUUCUUCCUUGUUGGAUAGCACUUGUUCUUAUAAUAGAUGCCACAGAUUGGAUUAAAACCAGAGUCUGGAAAUUACAUCUAUAAUGAACUAGAACACGAUAUACUAUGGCAACAGAAGUAAAUCAAAACUGUUUUGCAUGGCCGCAUGAGGAAUCAUCUGUGCAGGAUAGUUCUCAGGGAACACCUCAAGUGUUUGACCAUGGUUCCAUAUCUUUUGGAAGAUUUGAUUUGGAAUCGCUAGCAUGGGAGAAAUGGUCUGUUUUUACCAACGACAGGCGUACUGAGGAGUUUGUUAAGUUCAAUGGAUUGGUUGCUAAGAAGAAGGCAUACUUUGAAGAAUACUUUAAGAGAAUUAGGGAGCUAAAGGCUUUACAACAACAAAACCAACAAACUGAGCUUAAUCUAGAGUACAGUGGGGAUGGUAGUGAUUCUAGUCAGACAGGAGAAGACGAACCAGCUGCAAAACAUGGGUCUCCUACUGGAUCUGGAACACUUGUUGAAGAUUUCUUGGAACAAAUAGCAGCUGAGACCACACCUGAGCAUGAACUGGGAUGCUACAAGGAUCAUAAUGAGAGCUUAAGUAAUGGAAUUUCUUCAUCGGCCCAUUCUUUAUCACUUGGAGGCUUACAGAUAAUUGGGGAAGAAACCGGAGAAAAUGCAAGUGGUGAUAAUUGUUCUCACAGGAUGGAUAUGUUGCAGCAAAAUGCUAAAUGUAGUAAAGAUGAUCUGGCAAUGCCCGAUGUUACUACAGAGAAUCCCAAGAGAACUAUCGAGGAAUGCCCCCGUAUUAGUCAAGCUUCAAAACUUAUUCCAAAGACAAUCAAGAUAACUUCUAGUUAUAUUCCUGGUCGCUCAUUUGCUAAUAAGGGACCUGAUUCAAGCAAGCCCAUUGUGAUUCACCAGGUAGCCAAGUCUGGAACUGUUCAGCCACUGAGAAUGCCAAAGGCUGCAACCAGCACUGUGGUUGGCAACACAGGAAGAAGCAAAAUUUUGGCAAAAGAAUCUCCUGGUGUUAUAGCUGUUAGAAGACCAUCCUCAGCAGCUUCACAACGGCCCUCCACCAGGGAACGACGACCUGUCACCAGAGAUGUUUCACAGAAACCAACUGAAAUGGCUAGCCCAUGCCGGCCCUCUACUGCUGAAAGACGCCUUGCCACCAGGGAGCGGGCAGCAAAUCAAACAAAUGUUGCUACCCCAUGUCGGCCAUCUACUGCUGAUAGACGCCCUAUCACCAAAGAGUCGACACCAAAGCGUGCCAAUAUUGCAACCCCACAUAGACCAUCCACUGCUGAUAGACGUCCCAUCACCAAAGAGUCAGCACCAAAGCAUGCCAACGUUGCAACCCCACAUAGACCAUCCACUGCCGAUAGGCGCCCUAUCACCAAAGAGUUGGCACCAAAGCAUGCCAACGUUGCUACCCCACGACGACCUUCUACUGCCGAAAGGCGCCCUGCAACCAGAGAGAUGACACCAAAGCAUUUUGGUGUUGCCAACCCAUGUUGGCCAUCUACUGCUGAAAGACACCAUGUCACCAGAGGGACUGCACAGAAGCAUGCUGAUCUUGUUACCCUUCGUCGUCCUUCUACUGCCGAGAGGCGCCCUAUAACCAGAGAGACUGCACCAAAGCAUGCCAAUGUUGGUCCUUCACGCAGGCCUUCUACUGCUGAGAGACGCCCUGUCGCUAGAGACUCUGUGCUUAAGCAUGCUAAUGUUAGUAGCUCAUGUUGGCCUUCGACUCCUGAACGACGUCUUAGCAGGGAUAGUCCGCCAAAACCUGCUGACGUUGCCAUCAUGCCAUGUCGCCCUUCUACCGGACAAAGACGCGCUAUCACUAAAGAGACUACUCUAAAAUUGGAUCCAAAAACACCUAUCAGAUUGAGGGCAGUGCCAGGUGAUUCAAAUGGGGUCAUGGCCACAGCAGUACAUUCCAAUCGCAUAGCAGUUACUCCCCAAAAGGCAAUUACUCCAAAUCUUGUUAAAUCUGGCAAGCCAGAAAUAAAAAGCUACGGGAAGGAAAGAUUGGAACUUCAACUUGGUGGGAAACAAAAAUCAAGUUCUGUUAAUCUUCCUCCAAGGAAAAUCUUGACUUCCAGCCAUAGAGCUAAUCGAGUCAUAGAGGACAUCAGAAAGUCAAACAAGCAGGUCAUGCAAGAGACAGUUGGAUCUCGAGUAUUUGCAUCAAAGAGUGUAACUCCUUCACAGACUGGAAGUGUAAAGAGGGUGCCAAAUCCACCACCACCUCCACCACCACCACGCCGGCCAUCUCAGACAGUGAGCAAGCCAAGUCCCAAUAAACCGUCCGGUGGUGGAAGAAAGCCAAAGGCUUCUACUCCACACUGGCACUAACCCAACAUCGAGUCUCCAUCUCUAGGAUUCUGCAGAACAACAUGGCUGUCAAACUGCGAAUGACAAGGAAAACCGAUGCAUUCUGAAGCAUCAUCCUUGCUACUUUCCCAUGUCCAUGGUUGAUGUUAUCUUGCGCCGCUACCACCACUUUUGCCACAUGUUAACCGUAGAUGUACCUACGUGUAUGAUAUCCACUAAUGCCGUAGUUCUACUGCCUAAGAAGUACUUAGAACAUUGUAUAUACCUGAAAUAAAUAGAGCUUUAACAGUUUAGCUGAAGAACACGACCUUCAGAAGCUCGGAAGGUAAGGGAGUUGACAAUGUUCAUCCGGAACAAUUAUUUCUUGGAUAGAUAAGUAUUCGUGCAUGCUUUGUUCCUUGUGGGACUGAUCGCAAGCUUUAAGGUCGUUUUCAUCCGGAAUCGCUGGUGUGGACAAGGUCGGGAUGAAAAGAUCUAGAUUCGACAAUCUUAUUGAAUGCCCGUUAACUCGGCUCGUUAAGGGCUCUGUUCGUUAACUAAAGAACUUAUUUUGAUUUCGAAUUGUGUU